UCUCUCGAGAGCGUGGGUACCUCAGUUACGUUUCGUCUCUCACGGUGUAUGUUUGUUGGACGAUCGCUCUUUCAUUUUCUUUGCUCGCGCAUCUCUCUCUCCCUUUAUCAGUUCGAUAAUAAUCGAUAAUAAUCGAAAAAAAUGCCAUAUCGUGGAAAAUUACGGUUGCUUAGCAGAGCAUGCCUUGCAUUAAGUAACGCGUGCGGGAGAAGCGAGAGUAGCCCGUGCUUCGCCAUCGCCAGCAUCGCCGGCAGCAGAAAUUUCUCUGUGGGCCGCACGCUCAAUAUGAGGUUCGUCCAAUUCACAAACAAAAGCGGGGGCCCGCCGCACCUCGGUGUCCAGCUGAAACAGGGUGGCGACAUCAUUGCUGUGUCUGCAGUCGACUCGCGGAUCCCAAACACGUUGAAAAAAUUUCUAGAAGGUGGCGAUGAUCUGCUCAAGAAGGCCAAGAGGGACGACGAUUUCGACCUAAGGAGGACAGUAGAGAGAAUAAUCGCCGAGGGACGGAGCGUCACGCCCGAGGCCGACGUGAAUUUUCUGGCGCCAGUCACGCGUAUGGACAAGCUCAUCUGCAUCGGCCUCAACUACAGCGGACAUUGUCAGGAGCAAGGUAAACCGACUCCGGAGAGUCCGAUAGUCUUUAACAAAUUCCCCAGCAACAUCAUCGGGCCGCACGACAACAUCCAGCUGCCGCAGAUCUCGGACAAAAUCGAUUGGGAGGCCGAACUAGCGAUAGUGAUCGGGAAGAAAUGCAAAGGUCUCAGCAGUGACAACGUUGAGGAUUGUAUCUUCGGUUACACAGUAGCGCAAGAUAUAACGGCGCGCGACUGGCAGAAGCGGAAUGGUGGUCAAUUCCUGCUUGGCAAAGCGAUGGAUACGUUUUGUCCUCUCGGCCCAGCCGUGAUCACUAAGGAGGCGAUAUGCGACAUCAAUAACUUGUCUGUGAGAACAUGGGUGAACGGUAAAUUAAAGCAGGACGGCAACACCAACGAGCUCAUCUUUAAACCACAUGAAAUAGUCGCUUAUAUUUCUCAAUUUAUGACGUUGCUACCAGGUGAUGUGAUUCUCACUGGUACACCGGCUGGUGUAGGAUUCACGCGUAAUCCACCUGAAUUUCUGCAGCGUGGCGACGUACUUGAAACGGAAAUCGAGAGUCUGGGACGUUUGAGAAACAAAGUGAUCUGAUUUAAAAGAUAAAGCAUACCUUUGGAAAGCGUUAACAGAACUUUGUGAUCCUCACAAGACUGGACUUAUGUUUCCCUCAGGAAUCAACAUCCGCGAUAUAACAUUGAACUGUCCCAGAGUCUGUAUUUUUGAGAACAUAUUCGGAAUGAAACGUUGAAUCGAAUAUGUUCUCAAGUUACAAGAAUAAGUAUUUAUAUUAUACCAAUAAUUUUAGCGCAAUUGCAAAUGUUUAUACUACAGAUAGCGUCGCCCCUUUUCACUCAGGGGCACAAAUAGGGACAUCAAAUAUACCUUUGAUAACGCAGCAACGCUAAUUUUUUAUGUAUCACAUAUUUUAUGUAUUUGUAUAAUUAAAACAAAGUCAUUUCUA